AUGAGAACUCGGAGAUCCAAUCGCACGAAGCGAUAUACGAUAGAGAAGUACGACUUCGAAGGUAGUUCCGACGAAGAAACUCUCGAUCGCGCUUCCAAGCACGCAGAACGGGAUGAAAACUUUGAUGAGGCUGCCGCUGCAGAAGAAAGUGCCGAAGAGCUCGCCCUCGGCCAAGAGCACGACGAAAAUGAUGAUGCAGAAUCCGACGGUCCUGUGAGCGAACCAGAUGGCGUCCUGGACAGAUUUGCGCGUCAACGUGUCAAGCCUAUCAGGCCCUUCAACGUUCGCGCAGCCGGCUUCACGGGAUACCUCGAUCUUGAGCCUGUGGCGGAUGGGCGCAUUGUGAGAUCGUACUGGGGGCCCUACGACCGCGGGUUUAAAGCCAAACAACUAGUUGAGGCAUGGUACGGACGUCAUGAAGAUGGCGUCAAGUUGGUCACGGGUAUGCUGGAUCGUUGGAUGGACUGGACAGUGCUUCCUCCGAAAAUUCAGGAUGAUGAGGGUCAGAAAGAUCGAGGUGUUUGGUCGCCUAGCUACUUCGAAAGGGAAGCUUACAGCGCCGAGCAUUGGUAUGAGCGUGUCAGGGAGAGUUUACCAGAAGCAAACGCGAUGGUACCACUGCCAACAUACGAAGUUCCGCGGUACCAGUUUAAGAGAGAGCCAAUGCCAGUAUUAUUAGGGCCGCCCACAUCUCAACAAGAGGUCAAAUUCCAACCUGGUGACGCAUACUCUAUAUCUCAGAAUGGCCUCCCAAUGCAAAAUGACGACGCGCCCUUGGGGUGGAUUUUAGAUGCCGGCGGUAUCGUCACCGGUAUGGACUGGGCACCUCUGAACAACGCCAACUCGCCGCAACUUCUAGCCCUCUGUGUUAUUCCACAUUCCGAUCAAGAACUAUACGAUUACGAACAGGAAUCCUUGAAUCCAGAGUUCCAAAAGUACGGCACUGUGCAGUUAUGGGAGUUCGUCGGAGAGAGGCAAGAGAAUGGCUUUGCUCGACCUUCGAUGCAACCUCCAAUACUGCGCAAGACGAUAUGUCUCGAAUUUGGGCGGGCUCGAAGAGUGAAAUGGAGUCCCGCAUGCGGUUUCUUGGCCAUUCUUUGCGAUGAUGGCAACGUGUACGUAGUGGAGGCUGGUGACGGCGGAGGGGGAAGUUAUGAAAAAGUUGCGCAGCCAAUAGCUGUAUUUGGCUUCCCAGAUGAAGACGCCAAAGCGACCGCGCUUACAUGGAUCAACUUCAACAGGCUGGUCGUAGGUUAUACUGACGGCUCUAUUGCUAUUUGGUCCCUCCGUCCUCAUCGCCUCCUAUCCCGACAUCCUGUCCACCACAACAUCGUGGUCGAUCUCGUCUCAGGCUAUCCAGCAAUGCCCUACCUCGUUGCCUCAACCCCUGUAGGUGGGACUGUCAAACUGAUUGACCUUCGUGCGCCAAGUUUCGAGUCAACCGAAGUCCAGAACCUUACAGUCGGAACACAACCAAAUUUGCUUGGAUACAGCGAUCACCUGCUUGGCUUCUACUCCAUGUACCCAUCCGCCGGUGUUUUGAAUACCCAUAUCGGCUUCAUGCACCAUUCGCAAUUCCCUGUUGCGCGUCGUGUCUUUACAGGGGAAAGCUUUCCUUCAUGUCUCGCAGUCGGACGAACACAUCCAUACCUCCUUGUCGGCUCUCUAGACGGCUCACUGUGGGCUAUCAAUCCACAGGUUGAACUCUUCACCACAAGACGUGAACCCACGGACCGUAUCCGAGUUUUCCAUCACGAACAUCGCCCUGCAAAGCUUUUCCCCACUGGCUCACCCGCGGCAGCGCGAGGAGUGUCAAGAAUAGUGACAGGCUUCAUAUUGGAGCGCAGCCUGACUAAGCAUUCAGCCCAUAAACCGCCGGUCAAGAAAGGGAAGAAGCCAAAGAAGAAGGAUACCGACACAGCUGUCGGGGACGAUGAAGAAGAAGGGGGCGCAAUCAUGGAUCCGACCCGAGCCAUCAUCUACGAGCCACUGACAAGGAUCACGGUGGCCGAAUGGAAUCCUAACGAAGAGUAUGGAUGUUGGGCUGCUGUGGCGAUGGGCUCAGGUCUGGUGAGGAUCACAGAUCUCGGCUUGACGAUAACAGAAGAGGAGGAAAACUAGUCCAUGAGACACUGAGAACCCAUAAUGGUGUGGUGGUAGUCGAAAGCCUUGGCCAUGCCGUAAAAGUGUGUGACGGCUGCAAGGAUGACGAAAAUGUGGAAGAUCUGAUGCGAGCUUCCCCAGAUAUCAAAGGCGCCAGGUGCGCUUCUCUCGGGCCAACGAGCCUAUCAAGUCAGAUUUAGAUGCUUUACGUGAAGAGUCGUGGAGGACAUACCGCAUAGAGUACAGCGCCAAAGAUGUACAUUACACCAUGGAGGAGAACCCAGCUGAGACUCAUGCGAUCUUCAAGACCUUGGUAACCAUAGAUGAAGAGGCCAUGGAUGACAGGAACAACGCCAGAGAGACCAAGGCCGAUGAACAUCAUUGCACGAUAUGGACGCCAUGCUGGGGUCCGGAAGCGCUCAACCCAUGAAACGAUUGUGCAUCCAAGGCCGAGUAUACAUAUCUAUUUUUGUCAGCAAGUUUCUCUGCCAUCAGUAGACACAUCCUGAACUUACAACCCAUAGAUAGAAGGCCAUCAGAUUAGGCAGACAGAAGAAACCGUAAUACAGAGCUGGAACAUAGCUGCCAACGAUCAAAGCCACGAUGCCUGUGUAAUCCAACUUGUUCCCCCACUUCGAAACAGUAUCGCUGUGAUUCGACAAAGUGUGGUACGUGGCACUCAUUCCCAGACAAACAACAGCGCCUCCAAAGAAGCAUGCAAAGACGAAUACGUCAGCGCUACUUGCGCUUUCGUACCGUGGACGGACAACUCGAUCAACAUAUGCUGCACUAGCGAGAAAGACUAUGGCACCGAGGAGGUGAGACCAGAUGUUGACGGAUUCAUUGUGGAGGUAGAAGAGGGAGCGGAACGAAUGGGCAUAAGAGCCAUGAGAUUGGCGGUAGCCCGAGAG